AUGGCCUUUGAUUCCAUUGCUAUGCGUCUGCUCGCGGACAGCGGGUUUUGGGAUUUUGUUAGCUUCAUCAGCCGUCGUGCCGCAUCAGCCGGGAGAGAAAAACAUCCAUCCACGACGGCGAGGAGGCAGGGUGCGAAACACAGCUACGCCCAUUUCUACACCUACUGUACCGCUACUGUAGCCUGGAAGACGUUUCUAUCUGUUUCUAUCUGUUUCUAUGUGUGGAAGAGGGCUGUGCUCGCUUGCUUCUGCCCUGCCUGCUUCCUUUGUAGCAUCCUACAGGGGCUGAGCUGGCCUGGCUGCACACGGCUCACCUACAACACCUUUCUGCAGCUGUGGCCCUCACAGGGCGCGACCGCUGGCUCUCACCUGACAGGUCCCUGGCCUCAGGACGACAGCCAGAACCAACACGUUCCCUACAUGAGGGACAAGGCGACGCAGACCCCCAGGGCCUGGGCAGAUGAGAGGAGGAGGGGCUCUCACAAACGCUCGGCCUCCUGUGGGAGCACCGAUCAGCUCAAGGAGAUUGCCAAAUUGCGUCAGCAGCUUCAGCGCAGCAAACGCAGCAGCCGCCAUCGGAGGGAUAAAGACCGCAAGUCUCCCUUCAAUGGCAGCCAUACCAUCAUCCAGUCGCAGUCACCUAUGCCCAAAACCAUCCUGAUACCCAUCCCUAUAUCCAAAUCAUCGGCCCCUCGAUUCCGCAACAGCGUGGAGGGCCUCAACCAGGAGAUCGAACGCAUCAUCAUCAGAGACACACCUGAGAAGGAAGAGACCAUCGUUCCGCAGGACGUCCCAGAUGGGCACCGCGCACCCCCACCCGUCCCCCCACAGCGCAGCAGCAGCACCCGCAGCAUCGACACACAGACUCCCUCAGGGGGUGGCCUGAGCGGUAGCCAUAGCAACUGCAGUAGCCGCCCCGACUCCAUCUCUCCCUCCUACCUCACCGUCCUCAACGAUGCGGCUGGAGGCAGCCCCUACGAGGACAAAGCCUCCCCUCUCUGCCUGUCCUCAGAGCUGGGCCCCUACUCCCCGCUGCCUAAAUACGCCGCCUCCCCCAGACCCAACAACAGCUACAUGUUCAAGAGAGAACCUCCAGAAGGCUGCGAGAAGGUCAAAGUGUUUGAAGAGUCCAUGCCCAAACCUCUGCAGGAGAUCCCCCCCUUCCUCUGUCCCGACCGCAACAAGGUCAACUUCAUCCCCAACAGCGGCUCCGCCUUCUGCCUCGUCAGCAUCCUCAAGCCCUUACUGCCCGCCCCGGACCUCAGCUUUCGCCCCGGGGUGGGCCUCCGAAGUCACUCCCCGUCCCUCGUGCCUCUGUCCACUCAGCCCUGCCUCCUGGAGGAGCCCGAGAGCUUCUGA